UUUCCACCGUAGAGCUAUGAGCUUUCAGCUUGCGCUUCUCUUAGUAUAUGUUCUGUGCGUAAUAGCAAGCAAUUACUGACCAGCGUACAUACUCGUACUGUGAUUAUUUUUGUAAAAUUGCUGUUUGAAAUUGCAAGGACGAAUUUGUUGAGAUGGGAAAGGGAUUUAACAAUUACAUGUGCAAAAAGUUCUUCCAUCCGGCGUCGCGAGACAAUUUGAAGCGAGUAUGGAUGGCGGAACAGCAAGCAGAGGCUUACAAGAAAAAGCAAGAGGAGUUGCGAGUACAAUACGAGAAGGAACAAGAUCUUCAUAAUAAUAAGGCGCUGCUCAGCAAAGAGAGUAAGGAUAAACUUAGUGUCAAUUUUAUGUAUGAACCACCUCCUGGAGCAAAGAAAGAACGGGAGAAGGAAGACAAUGAGCCUGAAUACAAGUUUGAAUGGCAGCGGAAGUACAAUGCUCCAAGAGAAAGCUACUGCAAGGGAGAUAGCGAAAUUCGAGAUCAACCCUUUGGUAUACAAGUAAGGAAUGUACGAUGUAUCAAAUGCCAUAAAUGGGGACACAUAAAUACAGAUAAGGAAUGCCCCUUGUACAGUCAAGCGAUGAGCGUUGUAAUGGCAAAUAAUAAUUCGCAAACACCAUCUGCCCCAGAUACUAUGACGCUCGUGCAACAGAUGCGAGAAGAUGGUCUAGCUCUGAAAAAAUCUGCAUUAGAUGCGCAACAACAUUUACGAGUUCCAGACCAUGAUCAUCUUAUUGUCUCGGAAGACGAGGAACAGUCUGAACUGUCAUUUCUAAAAUCUUUGUCAAAGAAGGAAAAGAAGAGAUUAUUAUUGAAAUUAAAGCUGCUAGAGAGGAAAAAUCGUAAAAAAGAAAAAAGAAAAGUGAAAAAGAAGAGCAGUAAUAAAAAAUCUAGCGAUACUAGCAGUAAUACUAGUAGUAGUAGUAGUAGUGAUAGUGAUAGUGAUAGUGAUAGUAGUAGCAGCAGCAGCAUCGACUCGGAAGAUUUCCAUUCCAAGAAGAACAGGAAGAAAAGGAAAAAAGCUGAUUCUAAAGAGAAACAUAUUAACAAGGCUUACAAACAUAAAAGAAAACAGAAUUAUGACAAACACACUUAUAAGGAGGUGAACUGCGAUGCUAAAUAUGGUAAAGAUAAGGAUCGUUAUAAUAGAAAAAGAAAAGUUAAAGACGAAGAUAAGGAUAGAAACAAUUCAAGACACAGUAAAAUACAGAAACACCAUUAAUAAUCACUUUAACAAUACCUGUAAAAUAUGGAUGUAUCACUUAUAAAAUUAAUAAUAAUAAAAAGAAACGCUUAUUGCUUAAGACUA